GUUUUUGCUAGGCUUCCUGCCAUCUUUACGAAGUUGAGAUUAUCCGGGUUCUGGCAUUAACAGAGUUUGAGGAAAGCAGGUCAAGUUCACCGCGCCCAAACCUUGGACCCUGCCUGCAGGCUGACUUUCGAGCCACACGCCAGAGCAUGGCGACCCCUAAGGUCGCAGCCCGGCUUCGCAAGCCACCUCCUUCUAACGCGUCGGUCGCCCUCGCGCGCCCGCGAGCAGCCGGACUACAUCUCCCAGGAGGCUGUGCGCCGUCGAGCGGACCUGCCCUUUGUCGCGAAGGACUACAUUACCCAGUGAUACUUUGCGGGAGGCGGGCGCCAGACCUCAAGCGCACAACCAUUGGUCCAGCGUCUGGCGGGGAGCUGCACGGUGAUUGGCCCAGGAGCCCGCCAGUUUCGCCCGAGCUCAGUAGAGUUUUGCUGUUAAGACUGCGCGAGGAGCUAGAGAGAGCAGAGCGCGCGGAGCCGGGCCGCACCCGCCGAUCCGUCCCUUCUCCCAGUGAUCAAUUACCAACUACCUGUUGAUGUGUGUGUGGUUACAGACUUCUUUCUAUGCUUUGUACAACUCUACAGAGCGUAUCUUGAUACUGAUGGACAUUGUGUGGGCCAGAGGCAGGGAUGGUUGGCUAUGACCCCAAACCAGAUGGCAGGAAUAACACCAAGUUCCAGGUGGCAGUGGCUGGGUCUGUGUCUGGACUUGUCACUCGGGCGCUGAUCAGUCCCUUCGACGUCAUCAAGAUCCGUUUCCAGCUUCAGCAUGAGCGCCUGUCUCGCAGUGACCCCAACGCAAAGUACCAUGGCAUCCUCCAGGCCUCUAGGCAGAUUCUGCAGGAGGAGGGGCCAACAGCUUUCUGGAAAGGACACAUCCCAGCUCAGAUUCUCUCCAUAGGCUAUGGAGCUGUCCAAUUCUUGUCGUUUGAAAUGCUGACGGAGCUGGUCCACAGAGGCAGCGUGUAUGAUGCCCGGGAAUUCUCAGUGCACUUUGUGUGUGGUGGCCUGGCUGCCUGUAUGGCCACCCUCACUGUGCACCCUGUGGAUGUUCUGCGCACCCGCUUUGCAGCUCAGGGCGAGCCCAAGGUCUAUAAUACGCUGUGCCAUGCCGUGGGGACCAUGUAUAGGAGCGAAGGCCCCCAGGUUUUCUACAAAGGCUUGGCCCCCACCUUGAUUGCCAUCUUCCCCUACGCCGGGCUGCAGUUCUCCUGUUACAGCUCCUUGAAGCACCUGUACAAGUGGGCCAUACCAGCCGAAGGAAAGAAAAAUGAGAACCUCCAAAACCUGCUUUGUGGCAGUGGAGCUGGUGUCAUCAGCAAGACCCUCACAUAUCCGCUGGACCUCUUCAAGAAGCGGCUACAGGUUGGAGGGUUCGAGCACGCCAGAGCUGCCUUUGGCCAGGUGCGGAGAUACAAGGGCCUCAUGGACUGUGCCAAGCAGGUGCUGCAAAAGGAAGGCGCCCUGGGCUUCUUCAAGGGCCUGUCCCCCAGCUUGCUGAAGGCUGCCCUCUCCACGGGCUUCAUGUUCUUCUGGUAUGAAUUCUUCUGUAAUGUCUUCCACUGCAUGAACAGGACAGCCAGCCAGCGCUGAGCACAGGAAGGACCCCAGGUCUUCCGUGGAGGCAGCCUCCUGAAGGAAGGAAGAUUCAGUCUCCACUGAGAGGUGCCGUCUGGCCCUUCCCUGCAGGCCAGCUGCCCCAAGCGGGGUGGCAGCCUUGAACCCACCCAGCUGGGACACCACCAGAAGGUCCAGGGCUCUCCCCAUGAGAGAAUCAGAGGGAAUGCAGGACGUGGUCUACGGUGAACCAACGACACAGUGAGAAGGAGCAGGAAGUUGCUGUUUCUCCUCUGACCAGCCCACACUCCAAAGGAAACAGACGCCAUCCUACACCUGUCAGCCCUGUCUGCCAGGAGAACAGAACGCUCCUGGUCUGGAUGGGGCUGCUGCUUGAGUGCAGAGGGCUGUGGUAGGCCCUUUGCAGGAGUCAGGUCCCUACACUUGGCCUGUUUUUCCCAACCUAUUUAAUAGACAUUAAAGCUAAACGCACAUUCCUUAUCUUA